CUGGCUGCGGUUGGCUGGGGCCGCGCUGGACACCUGCCGCGUCCCGAAACCUUAGGGCCAAGCUGGAAGGGAACCCAGAGUAACCUAUCACAAAGCUGAGGAUUUUUAAAGGGUCUACAUGAUCUUCAGAUUGGGAGCAAGAAUGUGGCUGGUCAACCUCAGGAGAAAUCAAAAUUUAUUCUUUUUGAAGAUCUCUUAGAUCUCAUGGCAAAAUGGGAGACUUUACUGAAGCUAAACCUUUGGACAUUGGGCCCAUCUAUUUCUUUGAUCAGAUGAAACCAAAAAGGAAAAGAUGGGAAAAGACAAAACAUGAAGACUGCAUCCCUCAUCUGAAAUACCGCUUAAGACAUGAGUAUAGUCACACAGAGAAUACAAAAUCUAAAGAACUAGAAGCAUUAUCUACAAUAACUAUACCUGAGGAGAACUAUGAGUCCCACUCAUCUGGCAUCUCACCAUUUUAUAGUGUUUCCAAGUUUUCUCCUCAUCUUAAAUCUGCCAAAAUAUGCCUGCAAAAGCGUCUACUUGAAGAAUACAAACUUACUGCUUCUGAAAUACUGAAUGAACUUGCAGAGAUAUUGCAGAAAUAUGUUGAGUAUAACAUUACUUUCCCUGUGGGAAUUGUAAAUCUUAUAAAUUACAGUUGGUCUGAGCUUACUGAAGGUGCUUAUAAGUGUGAAACCAAAGCUCCAAGGUUGAAGAAACACAGUAUCUUGCAAAAAGAGUCCACAUCUAUGCCUAUAGCUGACUUAAAGGAAUACCAAGUCCCCAGCUCUUCCAUGGAAGAAUAUCAUAAGGAAAAUAAACUGGUGCAAACAAAACAUGUGUCAGUUCUUGUUAAACAAAUACCGAAUUCCCAGACCUCCCAGAAUAGCAGUAUACCUGCUGUCAUCCGCUUUUCACUGAGAUCCAAGAUCUGUUUAGAAAAUGGUUGGAUCUUUCAACAUCCCUACUCACCAUCAGAAAUUCUGAAAUGGAAGACAGUCUUCGAUGUUGCUGUGAAGAGACUACAAGUGGCCAUAAUUCAAAUAAAAAAGGAAGAAGCUAAGCUGAAAAAAAAGGGGUUCAACAAGCCACUUAUCCUGCACCACUAUAAUGAUUUUGAAGAUACGAUGAAGGUGGGCAGUAAUAGCCCUGCUACUCCUUGUUUCUGGCUGGAGUUGCUGAAGAGGAAGCCUCAGCUACCAACAAUCAAAGAAGUUGACCCAGCAGAGAAAAAGUUCCAUUACUCCCUGGUAGAUGGUUCCUCUCUGACCUACUAUCCUUCUGGCCGUUUAGCUGUCUGCCAAAGUUAUUCUGCCCUUCCUUGGGGUGGCAUGUACACCAAUAUAUUCAGUGACUUCGAAAAGCCAGUUAUCCUUGGAACCUUCACACCUUUUGGAUGUGGUAGCAUUUCUUUUCCUAAAAGCCAAAUAUCAAUGAUGUUUAAUCGGGAUGGAGGCAUUGUGUUCAGCAAAAAAGGAGACGUCGUAAAGGAAUGGAUGUGGCCUUCAAAGGGAAAGCUUAAUGAUCCAGUUGAAAUUUGGGUGAAUAAGUUUAUUACCGUGAAGAUUUCUGGGCUCCUUGCCAUCACCUUGGUCUACAAAUGGCAUCUCCAAAGCCUCAAGCUAUCUCUGGCACCUGUAAAAUGCAAGUCUUUUCCUCCCCGCCUCCCUGAGCCGUUAUUCCCUGAUGUCAAUUCCAUCACCAAAGAAGUCAAAGAGUUAUGUGAUAACUACAAAAUAAAGUACAAGCAAGUGAAAUCCACAAUACAGGACAAAGAUCCUUUAACUUUAACAGACCCAGAAGCUACCGGUUCAUUUGAUACAGUAGUGGAUAUAAGUCCUAUGCAUGACAUUGCAUCACUUAUCAAAUUAAGAAAACUUCAGAGAAAGGUCAAGCACAUCCUACUUCACUGGCUGGAUCAUUACAGAUUUGCAAUGGGAAUAGAGUUAAUGCAUAUUUGCAAAAUGCCCAAGUUUCUACAGAAAGUGGUCAGGAAACAAAAAGUGAAACAAAGUGCAAAGGAAAAAGAUGAGGCUAAGGAGUAUCAGCGAUAUCGAAGUACCUUCCUAAAAUUGAAGGGUGCCUCUAAGCCUUCACCUCGCCAUCGCAAGCAGAAGAGCUCAGCCGGCAAGUCGUCCUUCAGGUGCCUUCUUCCCAUUGAGAGCAAGGAUACAUCCCACUUGGUUUGUCCUGUGGUGCUAAGGAGGGCAUUAUGCGGGAAAGAAGGGGACACAUGCCGAUGUAGUGCUUACAGCAUCCCUGAAGUGACAGACCUGGAGUAUGACUACCUUAUAAGCAACCUGCUAUCCUCGGUGGAUCAGAUCAUUAUAGUCUGUGUGUUCUCGGUGAAGGAUAAGGGCAAAAAUGUAAAGGAAGUGACCAAAGUGUACAGGGAACUGAACAGAGCUAGAAGCAUGCCUUGCACUCAGAGUCGUUCGGAUUCCUUUCGCUUGCUCAAAUACAGCACCAUCCAUGCAUCUAGAUUUACUGGCAACAAAUGUUCACUUCUGGUUCAAAGGCACAAUGUCAUUCCAGGGAUAUUUUUGAUGUACAUUCGAGGAAAAUUACUAUUUGCCAACUUUAUUUUCAAUGGUUAUAGCACAUCUGCUAAAGACCUUCAAAAGCAAAUUGUGAAGACAAGAAAUGAUUAUCAUAUGGGAUAUUUCCUACCCAAAGACUUCAGAAUCCGGGCUCAACCUACUGCAUGUUUUGGAAGUGAAAAUACAUUUCUAUAAAGACAAAAUCAAACAAGAGAAAGCAACCCAGCCAAAGAGAUUCUUAGUAGUAUGUGGCAUCCAAUUCAAACAGAAAGUACUACUGAAUGCUAAAUUCAGUGGACUGGCUUAAAUCAGAGUCAAAAAUUAGAGGACUAGAAAUACAGAGACCGUAAAGUAUGGAAAUAAGUGGCAGUUUUUGUACAAUAGCAUCUCUUCUAUUUGGAUAGGAGGUAUUUAAUCUAGUAACUUCACUUUAAAGACAGCAAUGAAAUGAGUAAUAGAGGUCACAAAAUCCAUGCACUUAAGUAUAAUUCAGUUCAAUCUUCAUUCUGGGUCAAUUUACUUUUUACAUUAUACAUCAUUUUGUCUUAGUCACCUGGUCUCCAAAACCAAAGUGGAUCAGGAGGAGCAUUAUGAAGGUGGAGAAAGGCAACUGCUAUGGGCAUACUUAAGCAAGCAGUAAUAUAAAUGGAGGAUUUAAAACUACUAUUAGCAAACAAAGACAAUAAUCUAAAAUGUUAGCAGAAUGGAGCCAUUUCAGGCAAGUAGCUCUGAGUGCUUGACUAGUCUAUCAAAGUAUAACUAAUGUUAAUAAUGAUCAUUUUGACAUCAAGAAAGAUUAAAAUAUACUUUAUAUAUUGUUUAAAAUGUCAACCAUAUUGUUUCACAAAGACUUUCUUCAGAAAUAAUUCCAAAAUUUAAUGCUUAAAGAGGUUUAAGCAUUAAAAACAUGGAUAUCUUGAAUGACUCAUUCCCCAAAUAUUCAGUUAGCCAGGUCUUACUAAAUUGGUCAGGCAUGUUCAGACUCAAACCAAUAUUUCUAGAAUAUCUUGGUGAACAGAAUUGAAGUCACAUUUAUACGUUUAAGUAUGUAUACUGUACUAGGAACAAUGAGUAAGAACAAAAUAUUUAAAUUUUCCUAAAAUAUACACAAUGAUUUACAAAAAGAUAGUUAAAUUUUCUUUUAUAGCUAAAUUUAUUAACAGUCCUGGAAACAUUAAUGUAGAAGAACUGAACUCUAAUGCUUCAAUUAUAUAGCAAUCACAGUGAUUUUUAGCAUCUGUGUUUUUAGCAACUUCUCAGUAAAGAAUUAAGAGACUAACAAAAGUACGCUAAGCAGCCAAAAAGGUACCAUAAAGUCCAUGCACUUUAACUGACAGAGAAGCCCCUUAGCAUUCUUUCAGUCUACUUACUCUUAUUUUAGACACAAUUCUAGCAAGCUUGGCAAUCUGGUUUCUCAGUCCACAGCAGAUUAGAAGCAGCAAAUUUAGGGGCCUAGUGCAGGAAGCAGGCACACAAGAUAGCAGCAAAAAGUGACAGCUGAUUAUAAGGGAAGAUAGAAACUGUAAAAAACAGACAUAACUCACAAAGCAUAGCAACGAAGGGUCAUGUAGUAAAUGGGCACAUGACAUAUACUAUUUCAGUGGUUCCAGAGAGUAAAUUUCUGUUCAUUACCCCCACAAUAGAAACAAUGAUCCUAAAGAUGACAAUAUAUUAAAUCAUAUUCUAAGUAUUCUAGAGAAAGUGGGUAGUUAGAAAGUACAUUUCCAAAUAUUUCCUAUUAAACCAUUAUAAGAUAUAAUGAUUAAGUGGAUCUGCCUCAGUUACCUGAAGAAUUAACUUAAUGCAAGUUAGCAUUUAACUGUGAUGACAGAUUAAUGAACUAUUAUUGUACUUGGGCAUUUUUGGCAUAUUUUCUCUUCCAAAGUAUUUGUGAGCUUUAUUUUCUAAUAUAUGUGUUCAGUACAUAGCUAUAUCCUUAUAAAUUGAACUAGAAGAAUAAAUCAAUCGCUAUGGUGUCUGUUUGUCAUUCAUGGCAUGAUAUCUACUUCAGUUCAGAUAAUAAGCUGAGCUACACCACAGUUUUGUAUUCAGUUACUGUUUUCUUGUUUUGUUUGGGUAUAGAAACAAUAUACUAUGAUUAAAUUAAAUCAGCUAAACUCUUCUCCACUUAUGCCU